CACCAACUCGACCUUAUAAUCAUGUCGAUUCCUCUGCUUGUUUCUCGCUGGUACGGAGCGUGUAACUUUCCUCCCCAUCCUUAUCUUUCUUCGCCCCUUCUUCAUUCCUCCCCUGAUGUCUCGAUCCCGCUUUCCGCCUACACCAGCCAUGUCCGGUGAACUGAUCAUCAAGGAUCAGCCCGUGGACGGCUCCGAUGCCUUUGCUCUACCCCCGGCAGCUCUGAGUCCCGCCAAGGGGGACUCGGCCAGCCGACGCUCCUCGCGGUCAGACCCAACUUACGUCCCCGCUUCCCCGACAUCCCCCGAGCUCACUGCUCGCGGACGCUCAUCCCAACAUGCUCGGUCGGGAACUGCUACCAAGCGACCACUAGAGGAUCUGGAUCUUCCUCCACCACCGACUCGCACUCGCAAAAUCAUCCAGAUGAAGCCCAAAUCGCCCGCAACUUCCAAGUCUCCUGCAAAGCCCAAGGAAUCUGCGAAAGGAGCAACUCAGACUGUAUCCGAGCCCGCCAAUGCUAUUGCCUCUAAGAAGAAACAGCCAAGUGCGACCAGUGCUGCUGGCCGCAAGAUUGCACGCAAGACUGCCCAUAGUUUGAUUGAGCGCCGGCGCCGGUCCAAGAUGAAUGAGGAGUUUGGAACUCUGAAGGAUAUGAUUCCCGCCUGUCGGGGCCAGGAGAUGCACAAACUGGCAAUUCUUCAGGUACGUUCUUCUAUACCAUGUCCCUUCUCCUCUCACAUGAGAAUCCCAAUUCAACAAUCUCCCCAGGCCAGCAUCGACUACGUCAACUAUCUGGAAAAAUGUAUCCAGGAUCUCAAAUCUACCGGCGGUGCCCCCCCAACAGCCGCACCUCCAUCUCCCACCUCCCCAGAUUUCAUUGCCGAAACUGGUACAGACACGAUCAUGUACCAAGCACCCCAACGUCCUCCUUCUUCUACAUACUACUCCUCCGCUUCCUCUGUCGCUUCCUCAGAAAUCCUACCCCCCAACACACACAUCUAUGACGCAUCCCCGUCAUUUUCUCCCCGCACGAGGAUGCCCUCCGUCCACACUCUCCCAGAAGCCCCCUCAAUUCUGCCUAGUCCUGCUCUGGGUCCUAGCUACCCGUCCAUGGAUAAACUUCAUGAACUUCAAGGCAUUGACCACGAAGCAUCAGCUGCCCUGCUGAUGUUGACACGAGACCGCCGUGGUACGGCAGACUCGAUCAGCGAGCACUUCUCUGGCAGCACCGCUCUGGCAACAUCAGAAGACGGCCGGAUGAGUGUCGACUCCCAGAGGAGAAAGGGAAUGAGCGUGCGGGAUCUUUUGAUCUCGUAGACUGAGGGGAUGUGUCAUGUGUCACGUGCUUGGUUUUCUGAUCUUCAUGUUCAUGUUCAGAUUUUGCGGGCGUUUUGGUGGUUUCAUAAGAUCUCUGGUGGUAAUAGAGUCUAAUUGGUGCGCCUGUUGAGCGAUUAUAUCCUGGUGGCUUUUUCUGAAUUUUGGUAAUUUGUUGGGUAUUCAAAAGAAUGAAAUGAUCUCCACGCAUGACAAAGAUAAAACACUGGUUUAUGUAGGCCGAUCGGGUCAGCCUAGUCGACUGUUCCUUUGUAGUGCUUCGUUCGUGUGCAAGAGGGGG